AUGCGGUGGCAUAAGGAAGGACGCGUAGUUGAUGGUAAACUCAGGCAUCCGGCAGAUGCAGAUGCAUGGGAGCAUGUUGAUCAAUCUUUUCCUUGGUUUUCCACAGAGUGCAGGAAUGUUAGACUCGGUCUAUCUAGUGACGGAUUCAACCCGUUUGGCAUUAUGAGUUCAGGUUGGUCUACUUGGCCAAUUGUGUUAAUACCUUAUAAUUUACCACCUGGACUUUGUAUGAAGCAACCGUAUAUGAUCCUUUCAUUGCUGAUACCAGGCAAACACUCACCCGGAAAUGACAUAGAUGUGUUCAUGGAGUCGUUAAUUGAUGAGUUAAAACUUCUCUGGGAUGAAGGGGUCCAAACGUAUGAUGCAUUUUCCCGUCAAACGUUUAAUCUUCGUGCUAUUCUUAUGUGGACCAUUAAUGAUUUUCCAGCUUAUGCUAAUCUCUCCGGUUGGUCUACAAAAGGAACAUUUGCUUGUCCCGUAUGUGGUCCAAACUUUGAAGGCUUUCAUUUACAACAUAGUAGAAAGAUGUGUUAUUGGUUUAACAGAAGAUGGCUACGUAAAGGACAUAAAUACAGAGGGAAAAGGUGGGCGAAUAAGUUUGAUGGCCAAGAAGGGAAAAGAGGAGAGCCGCAUGUAAUGACUGGAGAUGAAAUUGUAGAAUUAUUUGAGGGAUAUCCUAAAAAUAAGUUUGGAAAGAGCCGAUAUACAAGAGAAGAUAUUCUAGCUCCAAGACGCAUUUCCAUUAUGAAGAAGGCACCGAAACGAAAGAGAAAAGUGUGCAUUACGGAUGAGACACGUGAUGAGGAAUUACCAAAAGGAUGGACAAAAUUUAGUAUAUUUUUUCAGCUACCGUACUGGCAAAAGCUAAAAAUUCGGCAUAACCUAGAUGUAAUGCAUAUUGAAAAAAAUAUAUGUGAUAACCUGUUGUCCACACUCUUACAGGAUGGUAAGAAAUCAAAGGACGAUUUACGAGCUCGGCGAGACUUGAAUGCAUUGAACAUCCGACAUGAUCUGCAAGCACGAGAAGUUACUGAAGGCAAAUUUGAGUUGCCCUCAUCUCGCAUUACGAUGACAAAGGUUGAGAUGCAAAGAUUCUGUGAGGUGCUCAAAUCGGUAAAGUCGCCAGAUGGUUACUGUUCUAAUAUUUCAAAUAAUGUCCAGGUGAAAGAGCGAAAAAUUUUGGGACUUAAGACUCAUGAUUAUCACAUCCUUCUUCACCAAUUGCUUCCCGUGGCACUCCGUAACAAUAUGGCUGAUGAUGAAGUAGCAAAGGUUAUAAUUGAAUUCUGUGGAUUUUUUAGAAAGUUAUGCUCAAAAGUUAUCAAUGUUACAGAAUUUAAGACACUAAAAGGAGAAAUGAAUGAAACCCUUUGCAAAAUGGAGUUAUUCUUCCCUCCCUCAUUUUUUACUAUUAUGGUCCAUCUUACACAUCAUCUUGUAGAUGAGGCAUUACUCGGAGGUCCAGUUAACUAUCGUUGGAUGUAUCCCAUGGAGAGAUAUUUGGGUUUCUUGAAGCGCAUAAUGCGCAAUCGAGCUCAUCCGGAGGGUUCGAUUGCUGACCAUUACGUUGCAAAUGAAUGCAUGUCUUUUGCCUCUCGAUAUAUGCGAGGUGGAGAUGCAAAUAAUAAUACACAAAUUAGUAAAAGAGAUGCCACUUUUCAUGGCAGUACCAAGAUGAACAAGGAUUACUCCAGAAUAGACUUGGAACAAGCUCAUGCAUUCGUCUUGCACAAUCUGGAGAUCUUUGAAAAUUAUCGAAAUCAACAUUUGGAGGAGUUGCAGUUAGAAAUAACUGGGCCGUCAGCACGGAAUCAAAUUGCCAAAAUACAUGAAAUUUUUUUUUCUGAAUGGGUUUCAGCUGAAGUAGAAAGACAAAUAUUGGCUGGUUUACCAAUAUCAGAAGAGAUAAGAAUUCAUGCACACGGGCCACACUACACAGUUAAACAAUGCAGCGGAUAUCGUGUGAAUGGGUUUUUAUUUCAAAAGUUGGGGAUUGAGGAGGAGAGAGUUACUCAAAACAGUGGGGUCAUGGCUAUCUUCUCUCAAGAAUGUUAUGCAAGCUCGACAGAUCAGAAUCCAAUACUUAAUGAUCUAAUUUAUUAUGGACAACUAGAAGAUAUCUUGGAGAUGUUCUAUGCGUAUGGUACAAAAGACGUACGUAGUUAUGUGAUGUUUAAGGUUCGAUGGUGUCAUGCUGAAAUAACAAGAGAUGCAUAUGGCUUUAAUCUUGUAAAUCUAGACAAGGAGAUUUACUCCGAUUUGAAGUUCAUGUUUGCAAAGCAGGCUACUCAGUGCUUUUAUGUCAAAGAUCCUAGACAGCCGAAGGUUUGGGUCGCAUUGUAUAAGGAGCCGAGAACUCUUGUUGAACUUUCUCUCGAUGAAAACAUAGAGGGUUCUGAUGAUCCAAAUGAGACUGAAGGAGAAGUUUUUUCUAAUUACUCAUACCCGCAAAAUGUCAAUUUUAGUAUGUAUACUCCGCAAAAUCGGCUUGAUAUUCGUAAUGUAGGAGAUUGA